AUGCUUCUCGAGUUGCCCAACUCUACUUUAAUGAUGUCGUUCGUCUCCAUGGUCUCCCAAAGAGUAUUGAAUAGAGAUAUCUGUUUUACUAGUUACUUUUGGAAAACACUUUGGCAUCUUUUAGGCACUAAGCUAAACUUUUCCACCGCCUUUCAUCUCCAAACCGACAGUCAAACAGAAGUUGUCAAUCGUAGUUUAAGAAAUCUUUUACGAUCUUUGGUAGGAGAUCACUUGAAAUCUUGA